CUUUUUUUUUUUUGUUAUUUUUUUGUCUUUUCUGUAAUCUGGUAUGAAUUACCUUAUUCUUUUUGGGUUAACUUCAUCUCUUUUUCUAUCUUGAAUUAUUAAUGACAACCUUUACUUCUGUUUGUUUACGAAGUUUUAGGACUUUGCCAAAUCUUCAGACUUUGCUUACAGGGAGAAAAAGAUAGUAAAUUUUGCAUUUUAUAUUGAAUAUUCUAAUAUUAUAAUGAAAUCAUCUUGAUUUGCUCUUUUGAUCACUGUGUUAUAUAUGUAUGUUUAUAAGGUAAAUGGUAUUGACAGAUUCUUAUCUACCCCGUGUUCGUCUCGAAUGAGUCCUAAGCAUCAACCACCAAAGACUCGAGCUAGAACGAAAAGGAGAGAAACUGGUGAGGGCUGCUUUGUUUCAUUUCAGAUGGGGUCAUCAUUUCUUUUGCUCUCUUAUUUUCAGUUUCCAGGUGCACUUUCCGUUCCCCCAUUAGUAAAAGAACAUCUUCUUCUUUAGAUCACCACCAACACCUCUAGUAGCUGUCGCCAACAACAGUUGGAUAUGGCAAGUGAUGCCUCAAGAACAGGAACAUCACAGGAUCAAUCUGCUUCCAAACCACCCCAUGAAAAGGUGCUUAAAAUACUCUUACAUGCUUAAUUAAUCACUUCCCAGUUUUUUUUUUUUUUUUUUAACUUCCCAUAUAUCCCAACAACCUUCGAAAAAGUUGGUAUUAUUUUAAUGGAAACUUAUGGCUGCACAAAGAAUCAUCCCUGUCUUUUUUUCCUAUUUUCAUUUAUCAUGUUAAUUCAUUCUAAAAACUACUUGCCUCUUUAAUAUAAUGUCAUUUUUCUUUUAUGCUGAUAUUGUCUUGGUAUAAAAGUAGGUUCCAAAAUCUCAUAAGAUAUGUAUGUGAAAUGGGUGAUAAAGCAUGUUCUAAAUUUGCCUACAAUUGAUUCAAAAUGGCAAUUGAGCUAUUUGUAGAACUAUAUAGCAAGCAAUUGAGUCUCCAUUAAGUGUCUUGAUAUUUUUGUCCUGAACUGCU